AAAUUUUAACUGGUUGGGCAACGCUCCGACAACUGCAAAUUAAAAAAAAAGAACUUUGAUAUAAAUACAAACAAAAAGUGGCUUGCAGGUGAUUAACGUAUUAAAUUUGAAUAAUCCGCAUAAAAAUGAACAUCAAUUUGCCCAACUUCAAUGUGAAGAACCUCGUCAAGGAGGCGGGCAGUACAAUAUCACGAGUGGUGCAGUUAACAGAGGAGAAACUUGGCACCACCGAGCGCACCGAAUAUGAUAUACACUUUCAAAAUCUAGCGGAGCGCGCCGACGUGACCAAAACAUGGACUGAGAAAAUCGUGAAAGACACCGAAUCGGUGUUGAUUCCCAAUCCACAGAAUCGCGUGGAAGACUACAUAUUCGAGAAGAUUGAGAAAUCGAAGCCGAAGCGUCUCAGCAACUUGGAGCAUCUGGCGCUAGACAUGAUCGAAGCUGGCGGAGACUUUGGCCAGGAUAUGCCCUAUGGCCAGGCCCUAAUCAAGGUCGGUCAGGCGGAGCAGAAGCUCGGACAGUGCGAGCACGACUUCAUUGCCACCUCAGGGAUUUGUUUUACGCAACCGUUGCGCAAGUUCCUCGAUGGCGAAAUGAAGACCAUUAGCAAGGAACGCGGCAUCCUGGAGACGAAACGCUUGGAUCUGGAUGCGUGUAAGAAUCGUGUGAAGAAGGCACGCAGCAUGCUCGGCCAGCAGGCGAAAGAUGGCAUAUCGCCAGAAGCUGCCUUGGAACAGGCGGAGCGUGACCUUCGUGUGGCCCAGGCCGAGUUUGAUCGGCAGUCGGAGAUAACGAAGCUGCUGUUAGAUGGCAUCAGCACCUCGCAGGCUUCUCACCUGCGUCAUCUGCACGCCUUCAUUCAGACUCAGGUGCGAUACUAUAAACAGUGCAGCGAUGUCAUGGAUCAACUGCAACGCGAGCUGGCCAACUUGGGAGGCCCAACACCAUAUGCACCACUCGAUCUACAGGAUGCCGGCAAGUCAAAUUCCGCCGGCGGCGGCGUAGGUGGCAAUGGAUCCCGUGGAGCUGGCAACAACAAUAGCAGCGCUGGUCAUGGCCACAAACCAAAUCAAUCCAUGCCAAUUCACGUCAACACGGAUCAAAUGCAACGUGCCCGAGUGCUGUGCUCCUAUGAUGCCAAGGAUCACACAGAAUUGAAUCUAAGCGCAAAUGAGGUCAUCUUUGUCACUGAAUGCUCACCAGUCAACGAGGAUUACAUGUACGGUAAGCAGGGACUGAUGAAGGGCCUGGUGCCCCGUGCAUUUGUAGAAAUGCUUGACGAGGAACAGGACGUCACUCUCUAAGAUAAUCAGAGAGAGGAAGAAAACUAACAAACUUAAAAAAAAAUAUUCGAAAAUUAUUAUAGAAAGAAUACUCAUAACCGUUUAGAUGAAGGCAAUUGGACAAUUACAUAGUUCAUACAUAAUACAUAUGCAAAUGAUGCAAGAAAGUACAAUAAUUUAUCAGAAUAUACAUAUACAAUAUACACCAUAUACAUACCAAUUAUAUUAGCUUAGUCCAUGUCGUUCGAUCAGUGUGCCUCAUGUAUCCCAAGCAUUCCAGCAAAACAUAUGUACAACCUUCUAGCUAGUUCACUUAUCCUUGUUCCUUGCUCAGCUUUUAAAGGCCCAUCACUGGCCAUAUCUAUUUAUAUAUAUAUAUAUAAAUAAUGCGAAUAUCGAGAAGAAUCUCUGCAAUGCAAUUGUUUUUAAAAUUCCUUGAAACUCAAUUACCUUAAUAUAAAUAUUAUCAACAUUUAUUACUUAUAAACUUAUCUUUAUAUAGUGCAAAAAUGUUAACAUAAAUUCCGAAAUUUAUAAUUGUUGCUAAACGUAUUUGAAAUAAGGCUUUUAUUAUUAUUACUAAGCUUCUCAAUCUCACAUUGAACAAAGUAUUAUAUUUUGUGUUAUUUGCAGUUAGUUAAAUUUAAAUCUAUAUUUACGAAAAUGUUAAUUCCAUAUAUUUGUCCAACUACUCGUAUCCAAAAGAUUGCAUUUCGAAUUAGAAACACUUUACUUAAGUUAACCAUUUUUUUAAUAUUCGCCUACACACGUCCAUUGGAAAGAUUUGCAACUCUUAUUUUGUAUUUUUGGUGCAAUUUCCCAAGUCAAUUAAAAAUUGCUUGUAAAAUUUAAGAAAAGACCCAAGAAAAAAAAUAUAUUUAUAUUAAAACACCAAGCAACGCGAAGCCAAGCCAGACUUAGCGCUUAAUCAAAGAAAUUAAAGUAACAAAUUAUUAAACGUACAAUACAAUAACAGUGCAUAGGCGAAAUUAACAACGAUCUUUAGGUUUUCAACAUUGAAAUGCGUUAAAAGACGAUUUUAAAACUAUGUAUCUAAUAUAUAAAUAAAUGAAAUGUUUACAAAAAGCAA